GACUUUAAAUUGCUUUCCCUGAGGUCAAAGAAGGAGAGAUGAUUUUGGAAAUGCUCAACACAAUGCAUUAUAACAUCACCAGCAUGGUGCCUGAAGUCAUGCCUGUUGCCACCAUGCCAAUCCUGCUACUCACUGGCUUUCUUCUCCUGGUUUGGAAUUAUGAGGGCACAUCCUCAAUCCCAGGUCCUGGCUAUUGUAUGGGAAUUGGCCCCCUCAUUUCACAUUGCAGAUUCCUGUGGAUGGGGAUUGGCAGUGCCUGCAACUACUACAACAAGAUGUAUGGGGAAUUCAUGAGAGUUUGGAUAUGUGGAGAGGAGACACUCAUCAUUAGCAAGUCCUCAAGUAUGUUCCACGUAAUGAAGCACAGUCACUACGUCUCCCGAUUUGGUAGCAAACUUGGGUUACAGUGCAUCGGCAUGCAUGAAAACGGCAUCAUCUUUAACAAUAAUCCAGCCCUCUGGAAAGUGGUUCGACCUUUCUUCAUGAAAGCUUUGUCUGGCCCUGGCCUUGUGCAAAUGGUGGCGAUUUGUGUUGAAUCCAUCAAAACACACCUGGAAAGGCUGGAGGAGGUCACCAAUCCAUCGGGCUGCAUAGACGUGCUGACCCUCAUGCGACGCAUCAUGCUGGACACCUCCAACAUGCUCUUUCUGAGGAUCCCCUUGGAUGAAAGUGCCAUCGUGAUUAAAAUCCAGGGUUAUUUUAAUGCAUGGCAAGCUCUCCUUCUCAAACCAGACAUUUUCUUUAAGAUUUCUUGGCUCUACAAAAAGUAUGAAAAAUCUGUCAAAGAUUUGAAAGAUGCCUUAGAAAUUCUAAUUGAAGAAAAGAGACACAGAAUUUCUGAGGCAGAGAAACUGGAAGACAGUAUGGAUUUUGCCACUGAGUUGAUUUUUGCUGAGAAACGUGGUGACCUGACGAAAGAGAAUGUGAACCAGUGCAUAUUGGAAAUGUUGAUUGCAGCACCUGACACCAUGUCUGUCUCUGUAUUCUUCAUGCUAUUUCUCAUUGCAAAGCAUCCUAAAGUUGAAGAGGCGUUAAUGAAGGACAUUCAGACUGUUCUUGGUGAAAGAGACAUAAGAAUUGAUGAUUUACCAAAAUUAAAAGUUGUGGAAAACUUCAUUUAUGAAAGCAUGAGAUACCAGCCUGUUGUGGAUUUGGUCAUGCGCAAAGCUUUACAAGAUGAUGUCAUUGAUGGCUACCCAGUGAAAAAGGGGACCAAUAUUAUUCUGAAUAUUGGAAGAAUGCAUAGACUAGAGUUUUUCCCCAAGCCCAAUGAAUUUACUCUUGAAAACUUUGCAAAGAAUGUUCCUUACCGGUAUUUUCAGCCAUUUGGUUUUGGGCCUCGUGCCUGUGCAGGAAAGUACAUCGCCAUGGUGAUGAUGAAAUCUGUCCUGGUUACACUUCUGAAACGAUUCCAUGUGAAGACAGUGCAAGGAGGGUGUAUUGAAAGCAUGCAGAAAAAAAAUGACUUGUCCAUGCACCCAGAUGAGACUGGCAACAUGCUAGAAAUGAUUUUUACCCCAAGAAAUUCUGACAACUACCUCGAACACUAAAGAAGUCUGGUUAGUAUCUACUCUGAAGCAUUUCUCAUCUGAGUUCACA